GCUUUGCUUUUUACAGGCUAUGAUUGGUUAUUAUAAUUUAAUCGACCACGCCCAGAGCCUGUGAUUCACGUUGUUCAUUAGUAGGACCGCCCCGAUUCCUGAUUGGCAUCUUGAUUGUGUAGUUGGAAUUCCUAGUUUUUGCUGUGGCUCUGUCCCGCCUCCAGUCUGCCAUUGGAUGUGUCCCGUUCCCAGGCGCCUCCUCGGUGUCUCACAUGACUGGCAGUGUUUGUGCGGCCGGCUGUCCCGGGAGUUACUGGAGCCGCUCUGCUCGGAGGCCCGGGCCGGACUGGGAUGUCCCGGGGUAGAAGCGCUUAUGGAUCCCCGGGAGGUGAAGGAUCGGAUCCUCGACAACAUUUCUCUCUCCGUCAAAAAGUUACAGAGCUAUUUUGCUGCGUGUGAAGAUGAGACGCCGGCAAUCCGUAACCACGACCGCGUCCUGCAGAGACUGUGCGAGCAUCUGGAUCAUGCGCUUCUGUACGGGCUGCAGGACAUCGCGUCGGGAUAUUGGGUGCUGGUUGUGCAUUUCACCCGCAGAGAAGCCGUGAAACAGAUUGAGGAUCAGCAGCAUGUGGCCACCCUCCUGGGGCGCAGUCGCGCGUGGCUCUACUUGGCCCUUAAUGAGAACUCUCUGGAGAGUUACCUGCGGCUGUUCCAAGAGAACCAAAGUUUGCUGCAGAAAUAUUACUACAAGAACGCCUUAGUCUGCAGCCACGACCAUCUGACGCUCUUCCUCACGCUCGUGUCGGGGCUGGAGUUCAUUCGCUUUGAGCUGGAGAUGAAUGUUCCAUAUCUGGACCUGGCCCCUUACAUGCCCGAGUAUUACAAGCCCCAGCACCUUCUGGAUUUCGAGGAUCGGCUUCCACAUUCCGUCCAUGGGUCCGACAGCUUGUCCCUUAACUCUUUCAACUCCAUCAAUUCCGCCAACCUGGAGUGGGACGACAGCGCCAUCGCGCCAUCUAGUGAGGAUUAUGAUUUUGGAGACGUUUUCCCUGCAGUGCCGUCCGUGCCCAGUGCAGACUGGGAAGAUGGAGAAGUGCAUGAUGGGACGAGCUUUCCACGGCCGGCCGCCCUUUUGCACAAUGGCUACAAACCCCAUGGGAAGAGCCCGAUACAGCGGCACAACCCCUUCACCCAGGACCUGUCCUCUUCCGACGUCCCCUCGGGGCCCGGCACAGGAGCUGACACUCCGGACACAAGUGAACCCAACACUCAGGACUCGGAGCUGGACGUGACUUCCUUGGACACAACGUUGUCCUAUAACCAGGCGCCCGUCACCUCGGACAGCACCGAUAUCAGCACCCAGGAUAUAGCGGAUGGACUGUCCACUUCAGAAUCAACUCCAGUGCACAGCGCCAGCCACAGGAAUGGCUCCGCCUCCAGUUACACCCAGUACCCCGAGAACAGCUCCGAGCUGGAGGUCAUCAGGCUGGUAAAGAAGAAGCGAACUGGAAAGCGCCGUAGGGGUCGUUCAGAAGAUGGAACCCAGCACCCCGGUACCUUAGAACCCGAUGACCCAGUCCCCGAGCAAGAGAAGGUUUCAGCCUCUUGUCAUGGGGCAACUGAAGAGAAGCCAAGUGACCUUCCCGAGACAGGUAUCCGACUCCCCAAGAUGCAGGACACCUCCAUGGAGCAGGUUGGGCAGCCGCUGAGUGAGCUCAUAGACCAGUUGAACGACCAGCUGGACCCCCAAGCCUGGAAUGUUCAUCCUGAGCCCACGGACCAGUCCUUUCGGACCUGCUCUCUGGGGGGGACCCCCGGUGACCCUCAGGGCCAAAACGUUAGCCAAGGGAUUCAAGAUCCCAUGGACUUCUACUACUUUACCCCAGAGAGUCCAAACGCUACUGCAACAGGUGGUGGCCACAAUGACUCUCCAGGCCAGGGCCAAUCAGCACAUGUUCCUAGUGGCUCUGAGGAUGUUGGACAAACACAAGGAGGCGGAGAGGCAGAGACUAAAGGACCCCUAGAGACCCACAUAGAGGAAACUUUAUUAACAGCCCCCAACAGGGGCAAGAAGAGCCCAGCACUAAGUAUUGCUGAAGACUCUGGAGUAGAUGAGGGACAAGGAAGUCCAUCAGACUCACCCCAUCCCUGCGAGUUCAGGGUGGAUAAUAACCUGCUGCUUCUAUUAAUGAUUCACGUGUAUAGAGAGAAUGAGGAGCAGCUAUUUAAGAUGUUCCGGAUGAGCACGGGGCACAUGGAGGGAGAUGUGCAACUACUGUAUUUGCUACUGACCGACUGUUACAUUUACUUACUGAGAAAAGGUUCUGCCGAUAAGCCGUACACGGUGGAAGAGGCUGUUUCCUAUAAUGAAUUGGACUACAUCUCGGUUGGAAUAGAUCAGCAGACUGUUACCUUCGUUUGCACAAACAGGCGGCGGCAGUUCAUGGUGGACACUGCAGACGUGACUCUAACCGAGGUCUUCCUAGCUGCGCUCCACUCGGCCAUGAUUAACGGGUGCCGAGAACCCCCCUAUCCGGUCGUGUUGACUGAUGCCACAAUGGAGAAACUGGCGCUGGCUAAGUUUGUAUCCCAGGAGUCCAAGAGAGGGGCAUUGGAGGUGGUGACUCUGUACUAUGGGUUGGUGCAUUGGGAAGACCCCCUGGAUGAUGCAGCCGGACCUCCGAGCUCACAUUACACAUGCAGAGAUCAGACUGUGUCUAAGGAAGGGGUCCUGCACUAUAAGGCCAACGCCUCGUACCUGGGCCGGGAGACUUGGAAGAGCUGCUACGUGGUGUUAAGUAACGGCAUCUUAUACCAGUACCCAGACAGGACCGACGUCAUUCCCAUGCUCUCCAUCAACAUGGGGGGGGAGCAGUGUGGGGGCUGCAGGAGAUCAAACCCCACCGAUCGGCCACACUCUUUCCAGGUCAUCCUCACAGACCGGCCAUCCCUGGAGCUGAGUGCAGACAAGGAGGAGGAUAUGGCUGACUGGAUGCUGCACCUCUGCCAGGCGGUGUCCAAAGGGGUUAUUCCUCAGGGGGGUGUCCCCUCUCAGUGCCUGCCCUGUUGCCUGGUUCUGACCCAGGAUAAAGUCAUCAUGUGCCACCAGGACUGUCAGACCAGCUUUUUCCGUGCCCUGGGGGUGGCGGAGCUGCUGGACGUGUGUGCCCUGAGCACAGAACAUGAGAAGGAAUAUUGUGUCCUGGAGUUCACUCAGGAUCGCAGCCGCUUCUUGCCCCCCUGGGUGCUGUACUUUAGCUGCCGGCAGGAGCUGGAGAGGUUUGGGUCGGUGCUGAGAGGGGCCUGGAAGUCUAUGUACCAGGUGGAGCUCCCCCACAAGCCUAUGCAGGACAACACCCUAAAAAAGUGUGAGGACGCCCGCUCCCUUCUCCACAGUGCUUGGCAACGCAGUGACAGUCUAUGCCGGGGGCGAUCAGCUCGUGACCCCUGGUGCUGACCCCCCACCCGGGAUGGAAAUGUAAAACUCAAGCACAAGCCCCCAGUGAAACUACGGCCCCUAGACUCACGCGGGGGAAUAUUUCUACUCUGUUCAUGUUGCUGAUCUCUGCACUGACUGCGGGGGGCACAAUAGAGCCCCUUAAUUACAGACUCCUCCCCCUGACUUGUCAUCUCGACACUGGACCUGGGGGGGGGCACUGGAGCACAGAGCUUACAGACGUUCCAGUAGGAGUGGGAGAGAAUGCUUUGAGUUUAGUUGUGUGUGUGUGUAUAUAUAUAUAUAUAUAUAUAUAUAUAUAUAUAUAU